UACCUGUCGGGAUUGCGCUGCAUCUGAUCUACCCGGCAAAAUCCGUUGGUUGCCAUCCACUCUCCGACGAAGUUCCCAGUCUCGCUCUCUGCGUGUCGCGUCUUCUGCAAAUUCCAAUGCUACUCUCAUGGCCUCCUCUCAAAAAUCCUCUCUUUUACUCCAAUUCUUCCUCCCCCAUUCUCCCCUUCUUCUCCUACAAUGCCCUAAAACUCCAUAAUAGUUUCAUUCGCCUCAAACCACUCACCUUCACUUCUGCUUCCUCCUCCUUCAACACAUCCUCCAUCUCAAACCCUAGUCUCCUUCGCCACGUUACACCUACUGUAUGCGACGACGACGACGACGAUGGGUCUAUGGUACCCUCAGCCUCUGCUGUGGCCUCUGUCAUUCUCAGAGCUUCCACCUCUCCUGUGGAGUUUGUCCAUAGGAUCGAGAACAGACAGACUACUGGCUUGGUGCUGCCGAGCCCUGACUUUCAGAGGCUUUGCGUCGAGCAGUUGGACCUGUUUCGCCGGAUUGUUGAUCCUGAAGCCCUUCUCUCGGUCUAUGUAAGACCUGCUGGUAGCUUUGUAAUGGACCGUCUUGAGCUGCGUCGUGUUGUAUCUUUCCCAGGGGUUAAUGCCACUGACGUUGUGAUAUUGGUCGGAAAUUUUAGCGUUCCAACUGGUUUACGUGCUGCAGAGGCCACUUUUUCCAGUCAACAAGUUGAAGUUAUCCCAGAGCAUAAGGCCAUUGUCUUUCCAAUGGUGAAACACCCUUUUGUUGUGGGGUUCUUGGUCGCCGAGCUUCCAAACCUCGAAAUGGAUAUGCAGAGUGCCGAUUGUGAUCCAUGGCCAUACUCAUCACCGCACGAAGCCGGUGCUCUAUUAGCUGGCUUUGGAACAAAUACACAGGGAAUUCAAAGUACGACGAAUGGAUCGUUGAGAACGUACAAAUUAAAUGCAGAUCGGCAAGCAAAUGCCUUCCAUAUCUCCCGUUCUCUUGCUAUGGCAUAUGUGAUGGAUCAGAAAGCAAUGUUGCUCCAGCAAUCAUCAUGGCAGAAUAACUUGAGAAUGACCAAUCUGGUCGACCAAAUUCGUGGUUCUCUUUCUAGCAUCCAAACUUUAAGUAAGAUGUUAUCUGUUCACAUGAAGAAAAACGAGAUUGCAUAUGAGAUUUUAGAAGACAUACUGUUACAAGGGGAUCAUAUGAGAGAUACCCUUCAACAACUACAGGAUGCUGUUUACUUGACUAAGGCAAAUAUAGUACACUAUAAUGAAGAAACACUAAAGAAAAUGUACAAGUCCUCCAAUCCUUUGUCUGAAUCAGUGAAGAAUCAGUCAGAUAACUAUCCAACAGAUGCUUCCAGCAGUAGGACGCAAGGUGGGUUAGUUUCUUCUAAAAAUAUGAUUGAGGACUUAGAGAUGCCCAUGCCACCUACAGUACUUGCUCCCGUUCAACGACAAGGAAUAAGGUCAUGCAACGUUUCUGAUGUUCUGAAUGAUUUGGUUGAGGCAGUGAAACCUCUAGCAAGUAAACAGCAACGUAUAGUAGAACUAAGUGAACAGGUUUGUUCUAUGCAAAUUGCUGUGGAGGAGUCUUCCCUGCGUCAGGCUUUGAGUAAUUUGAUUGAAGGUGCACUAUUACGUACACGUGUUGGAGGAAAGGUAGAAAUUGUAUCUACUACAGCACCAGCAGGUGGUGUGCUUAUAGUCAUAGAUGACGAUGGCCCCGACAUGCACUAUAUGACGCAGAUGCAUUCACUCACAGCAUUUGGAGCAGAUCUCUUAUCCAAAGAAAGAGUGGAAGACAACAUGACAUGGAACUUUGUUGCAGGGCUGACCGUUGCUUGUGAGAUUCUUGAGAGUUAUGGGUGUGUGGUGCGUGUCAUAUCACCCAGGUGCUCGGACGCAGCUCUCGGAUCUGGUGGAACUCGCUUGGAACUCUGGCUCCCUUCCACUCCAGGUACAUCACUGCACAAUCUCGACAUUCCCACCUCAGGGGCAUAGUGAGUAGAUAGAUAAAUUGCCCAUUUUAGAUAUAUCUCUGAAACUAAGGAUAUAUACAGAAAGUUGCGUGCCGUGUAUGAGAUUGAGAUACGUGAGUUUUUGUAUAGUGUACUGUAAGGCAUUCUAUUAAAAAGUUUGUGUAUAGUAUAGUAUAAUAUAACUAGCGUCCAGAACUUGUUAUAGCUCGCUUGAUUCUCAUCCUAUUGGUAGAUAUGCGUGUCUGCAUAAAAGUGUUUAGCAUGACAGUCAUGAAUCAACUUCAAAUUUGGAACUUUAAUAUUGAGCUUCAGAACAAUAGUUUUCAUUGAA